AUGCAAAGACUUCAAGAAGCUAUUGAGAAGAAAGACAUGAAAACAGCUCUUCAAUUUAUUAGAGAAAAAAUGAAGAGCAGUGACUCAUUCAAAUUGGAUUUGACGCAUUACAAAUGUUCCCAGUUGGACAAAGAGAAAAACCAAGCUAUAGACACAGACGAAACAGACGACACUAUUCUUCACCUUGCAACAGCAAUCCUUGAUGAGUCACACAACAGAAUUAUAGAGGAGAUAGUGAAAAUAUCACCGGAACUGCUGGCGAGUUCUAAAGGAAAGGACCAUCAAGGGCAAACACCAUUGCAUAUUCUCAUAGCUAGGAAACACAACGAUACACUUAAAAUCAUCAAAAUGUUGUCAAAGCGGGAAAUAGGAGCUAAUUUAAGACGUAAAAUAUUCAACCCUAACGUUACCGGGACUGUGUUCCGCAAUACUAUCAUGGAAGGAGAUCUACCAUUUAUCGUAGCAGCGCUUACAUUAGACACAGAAACUGCAGAAGUAGUGAUUGAGAUGACUGAACAGAGUUUACAGAUCUCCCAGAGUAACCCGGGACAGUCGAGUGAUAUCAAUGUGCAAAAUAGCAACGGAAACACAGUUUAUCACUGCCUGAUAGAACAUGCUGCAAGGCAUCCGGAUGAGAUACAGAAAGUGAUUGCCAUGUGGGAUUUUCUUUCACGUUUUGCAGCCGAUGGUAGUGGAAACAAGUACAUGCAAACUGCACUCCGGCCUGAAAAAGUAUUCCAUCUAACCAACCUGGACAACAUGCGACCAUUACAGUUGGCUGCCUAUCAUGGUGUACCAAAACUGUUCAACAUGAUUUUGAACCAAGAAAAGCUUCCUAACGUCGAGGAUAGACUUUUUGACUCCUACCUUUUUGAUGUAUCGGUUAUCGAUACAGUUUCCCAUUUCAAACUUCAACUUGAAGAGAAAGCUGCCAUUGAACAGAAAAAAAGUACUAAACAAAAUCAAGUGGGCACAACGGACAACCCAACAGGAGGAAGCUCAGAUUCCAAAAAUGAAGUAGAAGUUGGCAGAGCAAUUACAAACGAUCAGUUUCAGUUCAGCCAGAGCGUAUUGGAGAUGCUAUGCAACAGGAAUGUAGCCAGAAACAAGAACUCUGUCUUCGAAAUUAUAAGGCAGCCGCCGAUGAAGAAGCUAAUCAAAUGUAAAUGGAAUUCGUACAAGUGUCGUUUUAGGAUCUGGAUGUUUUUUCACGUGUUGAUUAUGGUAUUGUAUAGUUUACACGCCGUUCAAUGGUCACAUGUGGCUUUCCCAUCCAAUUCCACCCACCCUGGGACUACCGAUCUCCAGAGGGAGUUUGUACUUGGCAGUUCUAUCGUCCUCCUGUUGGUGGGUAUAGUUUACUGUGCGAUUACGGUUUUACUAAUAGUAGCAAGAUUCCGUCGCCCUGAUAGUUUUGUAUAUUUUACUAAUGACCUAGAAUACAUAAUACUGCUGCUUUUGUUUUCGGUUUGCCUUGUGGCAGACGUAAUAUGGUAUUACAUCCAUCUGCAACGCGGGACUACUUUUCUUCUUAUCUCUCUUCUCUCUGGCUGGUGGUUUAUCAUUUUCUUUUGUCGUGCUUAUAGGUCCAUCAGCUUCUACGUGGCAAUGAUACAUAGAGUCAUUUUUGGGGACCUAUUAAGGUUUGGUUUGUUUAUCGUUUUGUCUCUUGUUUCCUUCAGUAUUGCUUUCCAAGUCUUAUUUCCAGGCGGCCCAGAUAUUCCAACUGCAUACGGUAGUGAAGAUGAUACAUCGGAUGCGAUAGGAAUUUACGUUCAAACAUUUUUUAGUAAUAUCCGGUUGAUGUUUGGUCAGGGUGGCAUUGAGGAUUAUUUACACAAAGCUAGAGAACCCUUCAUGGCAUAUAUCGUCUACAUAGUGUAUGUUAUAAUGACACACCUGAUUCUUAUGAAUUCAUUAAUAGCACUGAUUUCGGAAACGUGUGCCUCGGUGAGAGAAAAUGAAAUGGCUUUUUACCAUACCCAACGCCUUUCUGUUAUUCUCUUUUUAGAGGAAAUAUGUUAUCCGUUUUGGUAUUGCAGUACACGCUGGUUAGAAUCAUUAUUUGAACUGCGCCCUGUAACGCGAAACUGCAUAACUUUUAAUAGGUAUUUCCUAAAAAUGGCUGACAAAAAUCCGAAAAAUCAAAGCAAAUCAAAUGCUCCUUCGAACGUGAACCAAGACCAAAUAUUCACCAAAAACACUGAAUCUCUUACUAUAAAAAUAAUACAGCCUGUCUAUGAAGAGAUGUUGGAUGAUGAAACUAAGACGGUAAAGAGUAGACUACGAUGGAACGAUGAGAACCAGACGACGACAAAUCUGUAAUCCUUUUUUCAGAUUCUGUUAAUUUCCAUAUGAUAGAAGUUAUAUGACAUAACCAAUGUUACAUUGAAGAGUUUUACGUUUCGAUAACUGUCCAAUGUGAAGCGUACUUAUGUAGUCUCCGCGAUUGUAAAAGAUUCGAUAUACUCAAUAGGAGGUUUGGGUUUUAUCAUGAUCUUAUUGACACCAAGUUCGAAAAUAGUGUGACGAGAUGGUAAAAAUGAAAUAGAAUCAAAUAAGUUUACGAGAUGGUAUGGUGUACUGCAGUCGAACCGGCUAUGCUUUUUUAACACUUGGUGAAGGUGACAGUGUAGUCAAUGAAACGUCACAUAUUUAGAUAUCAGAUUGGUUUUGUCAUAUAACUUCUAUCAUAUUUACAUUACUGACCCGAAGAAAAAUGUUCCAGAAUAUCCGUUAAUUCUAAAUAAGACAAGACGGAAACACACACAGUUACUCAAUGAAAAUCACUCAAAACUUGCAAAGAGAUACCAAUAUGGAGAGUCAUACAAAAACAGGUAUGUCUGCAAAAUUACAAGGAAAAAAUAAUGCUACAUCACCUUCAUCCUAUAUUCAGGUCUAACACAAUCACAAGAAAUAGCUGUUUAUAUUUAUAAAUAAUUCGUCAAAAUCUAAUAUUCUGGCUUUCUGGUGGAUCAAAGACCUGCCUUGUACGUUUUAUACAGAUUAUGGUCAGUUCCAACCCUUGUGGAUACUUUCUAUCAUUUGCGGGAUAUGGAGAAGUCAUAUUACAGUUUACAUCUAUGAUAUUGGCUAAUAUCUGUAAAAGAUUUGCUUGUACUUGAGACAAAGGACUGUAAAUAUUCUCAUAAGAUUCAUGUUGAUUUACUUUCAUGGUGACGAGGGUCAAAUAGUUUUAAAACAGUAUCGCAUGACGUUCUUUUCUCGUCAUGAUUGCUAUCAACAUUGAUAGGUUAGAAGUUGUAAAUAAGUUUUUAAAAUCAAUUAAAGCCCAAUAUUGAUAUAUUUCAUAAGUAACAUUCUUUCAGUCUUGCAUGUCAAAACAAUUAAGAUCCUCAAGGUUCAAUAUAUAUCCCUCAUCCACACAUGAUCACAAUCAUUGCCAGGAUUACGACUUUUUAACGGCCUGACUAUUUCUCAUAGCCCUUGGCCAGAAAAGGAAAGCGUCUGUUUUAAAGUUCUUACCUCAAUUCUAUUACUGAUGUAGAAUUCUUCCUUACAUUUUCACUGUGUUUUGCUUCAAUUGCAACAAAUGUUUCAAGACAUAAUAUGUCAUGUAUUUUAAUGGCUGUAUAUUAUUUAAUAUUUCACAUAAACUGCAGGAAAGAGUGCUUUAUUAAACAUAUACAUAUUUUCCAUUGAUUUGUUAAAGUAUAAUUCCUGUGAAAUACAUUUGUUCGUGUAUAAAUUUGACUGGUUUUAUUUGCCUUUUUCUUCAAAAUGUCUUAUUUGCAAAUGACAAAUAGCUAAUUUCGAUGGUAGAUAUAUAUUUAAUGUUAAACCUCUUGUUUAUUAAGGAAAAGGAAAAAAACUGGCAUACCUAUGUGGAUUGUAUGCUAUUGGAAUCUGUAUAAUUGCUAUCAGUGUCAUAAUAUGCGCCGAAAGACGUGUUGUGACUAACUGUAUGAAUUGAAAUGUGUAAGUAUUUGGAUGUAUUUCAAAACCAUUUUUUAACUUCUUUUAUUUCUAGAGAUGUAACAUACAUUACAUAUUUACUUAAUCCAGACAUUGCUGUAUCAUUGUGACAGGUAUCCGCCAACAGUAAAGUUUGGUAUUCAUCAAAUCAAUCAGAAUUAUGUUGAUAUGUUGGUAUUCACAUUACGUGUUAGAUUAUACCUCUGAUUGACGUUUCUACUUUUACUGUUGAGUAUAGUAUAUACAUCAAUAUUUCGUAUUUUCAUAUUCUUUAAAAUCUUGUGUUUUUGAUUACUUUAAAUUGAAAGUGUAACAUUGAUGUAUAUCACAAAUUCACAAUGGCUUUAAUUUGCCAUAGUAACUUACAGAUAAAAGUUGCAAUGUUGUAUUAUCAUUGUUGUAAAAUAUCCUGUCGAAAGUGUGUACAUAAUGGAUUCACAUUAUUCACAUAAUCUUUUAACAAGUAAAUCAAUCAGAAUUAUGUUGAAACAGUUUUUUAUUGAUAUUUAUAAUUUGUUUAAUAGUUAGUAAUUCAAAUUGUCACAACUUCGAAAUAUUUGGUGUUGAUAUCAAAUUUACAAACAACAAUGCCUUUUCUAUUUUGUCUUUUAAAGCAUUAAAGCUAUAAUCCGGAAGUUGCGAUGCUCCAUAAUAUUGAUAUGAGUUAUGAUGCUUGGAAUCACAGCUACAGCCUCGACCACUCUUGAUUUCUAUCGAUAAUGAACAAGAAAAGAUUUCUUUAAUUUCACAAUACCACAAUUUACUCACUUUACGCUUUAACCGCCCCGAAAAGGUUUGACUUCUCCUUCAUCUCUUUUAAAUCACAAAUAAAGAAAUAAUCAUUUGCACCCAAAAGAAAUUCUAUCCUGCUCUGCCUCUAUAUUUUGUAGAAUUUUGUUGUAUUUUCUAUAUUGUUGAUGUUUUUUUUUAUAUAUCGUUGGUACUUUUUCAUGGUGUUGAUAACUUCUAUACCGUAGGUGCAAUGUUAUGUGUUUUUUGUGAUGGUGAAUGUAUUAGCUGUCGGCGCUGUUGCAUCUUUAAGUAAAUUUACGGAAUCAAAGUAUUCAUCCUUUAGAAAUGUUGUAAAUAAUAUUCCAAUCAUAACACUAUGCCGAACAGCAUAAGAUAUACUAUUAUAUGGUAGAAUUCGUAUUAAUUAUUAGUGCAAAAUAUAUUGCCAUGCAUAUUCAACACGAAAUUUGUAACUUUGUAUUUGAUAAUGGUGAUUCCGAGAUACUGUCUCAUUGCAUAUAUUGUUUUUAAUGACCGGUCAUGAAACAUAAUGUCUCAAAAAGUUACAAAAUAUUGCACAAUAACCGAAAGUGGGUGUAUCGUGUCCGUAAACAAUUAAAACAGCUCAAAAUUUUGACAUAUUUUGUCUUAAAAUUUGUGCUAAACUUUUAUUGUGCGAUAUUUAGCUACAUAUGUAGUAUCAAAAUUUGCAUUAUAUUAUACUCUUUAGAAAUUAAGAUCAUUUGACCAAAUAAAAUAUUGUUUUGAUAGUGUUGCGGAUGAAAAAGUUAACCAAAUUAUUCACCUCUGAUGUAUAAGUUUAUUUUAGCCAUAUCAGAGGCCGCUGGGGGAUUUUGAAUUUUUGAAACCUAAUUUAAGUGUUGACUCUUAUAGUGCUACAAAUAACAUCAAUAAUCCUAUUAUUCGGGAAAUGGGUCAUUGUAUUCAAAUGUAUGACCUUGACUUGCAUUCAAUGUCAUAGGGUCAAAUUUUCCAAAAUAUUUACACGAUUUCUUCUCAAUAAUUAAGAGACCUGUUAUUAAAUCAACAGCACGCUGAGAAAAGGGCUACCAAGUUUGUUUAAAUGUAUGACCUUAACUAACAUCCAAUGUCACAUAGAUCAAAUAGGUUGGCAUAUUCUAAACAACUAAGAGGCACAGAGACAUGAUAUGUGGCUUGUAGCAUACUGGGACAAAGAGCUACCAAAAUUGUUCAAGUGAGUGAUAUUGACCUUAAUUGAAAGUCGCAGGGUUCAAAUAUGCUAAAAUCUUUAACAACUCCUUCUUUAUAAUGAAGAGUCCCAGCGUCCUGUUCAAAUGAAUAAUCUUGAACUACAUUUAAUGUCACAGGGGUCACAUGUUUGACAGCUUAAAACGACUUUUCAAUAACUAAGAUGUCCAGAUACCUUAUGGUGGGUAUGUUGCAUAUUUAGGGGAAGGGCUUCCAAAUUUAUCUAAAUGAAUGUCCUUGACGUACAUUUUAUGUCGCAGGGGUCAAAUAUGCUGAAUUCUUUCAACGACUUAUUUUCUAUAACCAAGAAACCUAUAUACCUGAUAUAAAUCAAUAGCAUGCUGAUGUAAAGGGCUACCAAGUUUGAUUAAAUGUAUAAACUGGACUCACAUUUAAGGUCACAGGGGUCAUAUAGGUUGACAUCUAUAAACAUCUCAAUAACUAAGAUGCCAUGAGACCUGCUAUGGGGCUUGUAGCAUGCUUGGACAAAGGACUACCAAAUCUGUUCAAAUGAAUGAUCUUGACCUUAAAUCAAUGUCGCAGGGAUCAAAUAUGCUAAAAUAUUUAAACAACUUCUUCUCUAUAAUCAGGAGGUCCAUCCAGAGACCUUGUAUUGUGCUUGUUGUAUGCUUGGUUAAAGGGCUAUCAAGUUUGUCCGAAUGAAUUACUUUGACCUACAUUUAAGGUCACAUGAUUAAAAAAGAAGUGAUGACAUUUAGCAAGUGAUAUGCUGGGAUGGAUGGUUGUCAACCUGAGGCAUUGAUAUCUAAAUACCCACUUAUACCCAAUUUCUGGAUUAAUGCCUGGUUAGUGAUACUUAGUGAUACAGGUGUAUUGGCCAUCUUUUAUCUAAAUCGCUGUAAAUAAAUUGCUAACGUCUAAUUAGUAAAUAAAAUUUGACAUAAC